AUGCCUAGAACGUACCCCCGCCCCGCGCGCGCCGCUCUAUCCCCUCCCCCUCUCCCAACCACUCCCCCCUCCGCGGGAACCAUAGAGACGCGGGCGGGGCGCUUUGCGCAUGCGCAGCUCCGCGGCGGUAAAAGGGGAGGUGGGAAGGGCGGAGGAGGAGGAGGAGCGCCGCACUUUUUCCUCCUCCCUCCCCUCCGCGCACGCGCAUUGUGCGCAAGAGGCGGAAGGAGCCGGGCGCCGCGGGGGGCUGUGAGGCGGCCCGAGCCGGCGCUUCACUCGCCCGCGCACGCGCCCUCGGGGCGGCGGAAGGAGACGCGGCGGGGUCAGAGUACAGGGAAGGGCCCCCCCCAAGUGCCGGUGUUUGAGGGCGUUUACAACAACUCGCGGAUGCUGCACAUCCUGACGGCCGGCGUGGGCUCCACGUGUGAGGUUCAGGUUCGCGGUGGCGCCGCCUUCGAGGGCAUCUUCCGCACCCUCAGCGCCAAGUUCGAGGUGGCGCUGGACGCGGUUCACCGCCGCGCCGCCUCCCCCGCCGGGCGCCCCCCGCGCCGCGAGGACAUCGUCGACACAAUGGUGUUCCGCGCUCCGGACCUCGUCCUCCUGCGCUUCCGUAACGUCGACCUCGCCUUCGCCUCCAGAGACAAAUUCACGGACUCGGCCAUCGCGAGCCUGCGGGUGAACGGCGAACACCGCGAGCACCGCGAGAAGGUGUUGGAGCGCUGGGACGGCGGCGAAGGCGGCAGCGACGACUACGACCUCGACUCCGACCUGUCCAACGGUUGGGACCCGGCGGAGAUGUUUAAGUUCAACGAAGAGAACUACGGCGUCAAAACCACUUACGACAGCAGUUUGGCGUCUUACACGGUACCGCUGGAGAAGGAGAACUCGGAGGCGUUCCGGCAGCGGGAGGCGCGGGCGGCGGCGCUGGCGCGGGAGAUCGAGAGCUGCCCCCACUAUCGCCUGCGUUUGGCGCUGGAGGAGGAGGACGGCGGCGGCGGCGAAACGGGCGGAGGGCUCCAGAGGCUCCUCCCGCCCAGCGCCCCCCACGGCUCCGGGCGCGACAGCCCCGCCGCGGGGACGCAGCGGGACCCGAAGCCGUCGCCGCUGCCGCAGCGGAUUCGGGGGGGCGGUGGGGGGGGGUCUCUGCGCUGCGGCCCCUCUCGGGGGGGACCCCGACCCCCCUCCUCCCCCCACCCGGAUGGCGUCAAUGGAGGGCCCCCCCGGACGUCACCCAAAGCCCAGAGACCAUCAAGGGGGGGCAAAGGGGGGGCAAGAGCCGGGGAGGGGCCCGGCCCAGACUUAAUGAGGUUUUUUCCCCCCCCCCCCGGGCGUUUGUUCCCCCCUCGCUCGCCCAAGGCCGCCCCUCCCCCACCAGAGCCCCCCCCCGCGCCCCCCUCCCCCCCCAAGGACGCCGCCCCUCCCCCCACCGAGGGGAUCCCCCAGGAGCCGCGGUCACAGUUGGAUGAGCUGCGCCAGUUCGGGGCUCAGUUCAAGCUGCAGGCCCCGCCCCCCGCGGCGCCCCCCGAGCCCCUCCCCCCACGUGGGGGCAGUGAGGAUGGGGGAGGGGCCGCGACCCCCCCGGGGACCCCCCCGGCGCGGGGGGAGGGGGACGGGGAGGGGGACGACGAUGAUGAGGAGGAGGAGGACAACAACAACAACAACGAGGGACCCGUGGCCGAGCAGGUGAAAAAGUCGACGCUGAACCCCAACGCGAAGGAGUUCAACCCCUCCAAACCCCUCCUGGCCGUGGUGAGGGGGGGUUUGGGGGGAACAAGGGGGGCGCCCCCCCCCGCCUCGCCGGGCCCCCGCGCUCACUCCAGCCCCGCUUUGGGGGUGCUGGCGGCCGCCGGGCAGGGGGGGACCCCACUUUAUGGUCCCCCCUACAUCUCCUACAUCCCCCAACUGCACGUGCAGGCUCCUCCCAUGUUUCCGUAUCCGGUGUCGGCGUCGCAGCCCGGAAAGUUCCGGGGAGGGAAAGGCGCCCUCCCCCCCCCUCGCUCGGAGCAGCCCCUCCCCCCCGCCUCGGCCCCUCCCCCCCUGGUGCAGGCGGCGGGGGGCGGUGCCGCCCCUCCCCCCCCCGUGCUGGCGGCCGCCGCCCCUCCCCCGCCCCCCUACUCCUCCUACAUCUCCUAUGGGGCGCAGCCCCCCCUCGUGCAGCCCCUCCCCCACUACCCCAACCAGCCCGUCUUCGCGCCGCUGCUGCCCGGCAGCCCCCGCCUGCCCCCCCCUGCCAUCGUCCCCUCCUCGGCACCACCGCCGUUCCCCUCCCCCGCCGGCGCCGCGGAACAGCCCGGAACCCUCUACGCCGCGGUGCCGCAGCCGUUCCCCUCCCCCCACGCCGCCCCCCUGCACCCACAGCCCCCCCCGACGCCCACCGGCUCCCAGCCCGGAGCACCCCCGCACCCCCCCGCGCAGGGCCCCCCCGGACUGUACGCACUGCAGAGCCUCCCGAGCUACGGCCCCCAGGCGCAGCUGCAGGCGGGUCUGGGGGCGCCCCCCCCCCCCCCCCCGCGGGCCGCCCCUCCCCCCCCGCAGGUGAUGCUGCUGCACCCCCCGCCCCCCCAGAGCCACCAGGGGCCCCCCCAGAGCGGCGUCGCCCCCGCCGGACCCCCAUUCCCCUACCUCGGCCACCACCAGGUCCAGUCUCACCCCCCGCAGCAGCUCCCGUUCCACCCGCCGGGAAACUGAGGGAAACUGAGGCAG